ACUGGAUCGGAAGUUCUGGGCCGCCUUGGCGUGGAGAUGGGCACUGGUGGGCGGGGUGGGCUACCGCGGGGCAAUGGGACUCCGGAGGGGGAGACAGCGGGCAAGGGGAGCACCGAGGGAGUGACGGCGACUCCCACUGCCACGGCUGUCUCGGCCUCCUGUCAAUACAGGUGCAUCGAAUGCAACCAGGAGGCCAAGGAGUUGUACCGAGACUAUAACCACGGCGUUCUGAAGAUAACCAUCUGCAAAUCUUGCCAGAAACCUGUAGACAAAUAUGUCGAGUAUGAUCCUGUUAUAAUCUUGAUUAAUGCUAUUUUGUGCAAAGCCCAGGCCUACAGACAUAUUCUUUUCAAUACUGAAAUAAACCUUCAUGGAAAGCUCUGCAUGUUUUGUUUGCUUUGUGAAGCAUACCUGAGAUGGUGGCAGCUCCAAGACUCGACCCAGAACCCCGACCCUGAUGACUUCAUCCGAUACGCCAAGGAGUGGGAUUUCUAUAGACUGUUUGCAAUUGCUUCGUUAGAACAAGCUGCCUUUUUUAUUGGCAUUUUUACCUUCCUGUGGGUAGAACGACCCAUCACAGAAAAGAAAAAGCCCAACUUCAUCUUGCUGCUGAAAGCAUUGCUGUUGUCGAGCUACGGGAAGCUGUUGCUGAUCCCAGCUGUCAUUUGGGAACACGACUACACGCCGCUGUGCCUGCGGCUCAUCAAGGUGUUCGUCCUCACGUCCAACUUCCAGGCAAUCCGAGUGACCCUGAACACCUGCCGAAAGGUCUCCUUUCUGGCCAUCUUGAGUGGCUUGCUGCUGGAAAGCACCGUGGUCUACUUCCUCCAAAGGAUGGACUGGGACGUGGGGAGUGACUGUGCCAUCUACAUGUCUCAAGACUUCUGAAGAGAUAUAUCUCAUGCUGUCCACCGGGCCAGCACCCAGAGCCUACUGCCCAGCGCCCAGCAUCCAGCACCCAGCGCCCAGAGCCUACUGCCCAGCACCCAGCGCCUACUUCCCAGCACCCAGCAUCCAGCACCCAGAGCCUACUGCCCAGCACCCAGCAUCCAGCACCCAGAGACUACUGCCCAGCACCCAACAUCCAGCACCCAGAGCCUACUGCCCAGCACCCAGCACCCAGAGCCUACUGCCCAGCGCCCAGCACCCAGCACCCAGAGCCUACUGCCCAGCGCCCAGAGCCUACUGCCCAGCGCCCAGAGCCUACUGCCCAGUGCCCAGAGCCUAGCACCCAGUGCCCAGCGCCCAACACCACAGCAGUCACAUGUCCUGGGUCUUCUGAGACUGUCCAGAUACUGUGCCCCCCACUUUCACAAGUGCUUCUACUUAUCACGUUAUCCAUUAUGAUUUCUGGUGAGGAAAAUAAGGUCACCUGUUUUUAACAGCCAUUUGCAAACCA